AACUGGCACGCCAAGCAAAAGGCGGCCGAUAUCGACGCCCAGAACGACGUGAGCUCGAGCUCGAGCGUCAACGACGACACGGUGUACGAGUCGACGCACCUCGGGCCGUCCGGGCAGCUCCGCGUGCUCAUCAAGCGCAACUUCACGCGGCUGCUUCGUGACAAGAUGACGUUCAACGCACGCCUCGCGCAGAGCAUCAUCAUUUCGCUCUUUGUCGGCCUCAUUUUUUUUCAGCUCGAGCUCACGCAGGCGGGCGUCCAGUCGUUCACGGGUGCCAUCUUCUUCAUCGUCGUGGACCAGUUCAUGUCGGCGGCCAACCCCGAGUUCAUUUCGGUGCCACUCGAGAUGCCCAUCAUGUCGCGCGAGUACCACAGCGGCUUGUACCACUCGUGGGUCUGGUACUUGGCCAAGAACCUCUCGGAGCUCGGGUUCCAGUUCUUCUACCCGAUGGUUUUCUUUAUUCCACUCUACUUUAUGGUCGGCUUUGGCGCCUCGAACGCGACGCUCUUCUUCACCAUGUACCUCUUCCUCGCGCUCACGCAGAGCGCGGCGAUUGGUCUCGGCUACAUGGUGUCGUGCGUCGCUGGUCGCGCCGAGCUCACACCCAUCAUCGGCAUCCUCACGAUCCUUCCGUUUCUCAUGUUUGGCGGUCUCUUCCUCAACGCCGACAUGAUCCCGGUCUACUUUACGUGGCUCGAAUUCCUCUCGCCGCUCAAGUACGGCUUCCGCGGCGCGAGCCGUGCGUUCUGGAACACGAUCACCGACAUCCCGUGCCCCCCCGGCGCCGUGUGCAACGCCCGCAACGGCGACGACGUCCUCCGCAACCUCGCGCUCGACAAAGGCUCGAUGGGUGGCGACGCUGCGUUUUUGAUUUGGAUCAACGCCGUCUUCCGCCUCGUCGGCAUCGCCGCGCUCUACCUGCGCAUUCGCGCCAAGCACUAAACCCACACGAGCAGUAUAUUAACCCCAAUUCUAAUUCUUCUUCGUCGUCCGAC